UUGCCUUUCGCAGGCGUUUUACUUUAUAUGGGAGGAUGGGGGCUGGAGCUCUGACCAUCUGUCACAACAAGACGGCGGUGCAGGUCAAAGAAGACAUGAAGAAGAUGGUGCAGAUCCCCAUGCUGAGACCCAGGAUGCUGGCAGCGAAGCACAGCAAGCUGUUUGGAGCGUCCCUGUUUGAGCUGCGACAGAGGGGCCUGGUGGAGGACGGCGUGCCUCUGGUGGUGCAGAGGAUGGUGGAGCACCUCAACAAACAUGCCCUGCAGCAGGAAGGCCUGUUCCGGGUGAAUGGGAACGUCCGGGCUGUGGAGAGCCUGAAGCAGCGGCUGGAGGGAGGCGAGGACGUGGACCUUCUCUCUGAAUCCGACACGUGCACCGUGGCCAGUUUGCUGAAGCGGUAUCUCAGGGAGCUGCCAGAGGCUCUGGUGGACUCAACAGUCCAGCAGGCUUUAAUACAGCACUACCAAGAGUGCGGUGAAGAUGGCUCCUGGUCAGAUAUGAGAGACCUGCUCCAGCAGCUUCCAGAUGUUCACCUCAGCCUCCUCCGCUACCUCUGCUACUUCCUUACACUUGUGGAGUGCAACCACAAGGACAACCGCAUGACUGCCCUCAACCUCGCCACUGUGUUUGGACCCAGCGUCUUCCAUGUGGCUCCUGGGUUUGAAGCCAUGAAGGACCAAAAUAUCUGUAACAAGCUCAUGCUCAAGCUCAUCCAGAACUACAACAGCAUAUUUGAGGGCGACAAAGAAAAAGACGGCUGCUCAGAUGAACCAUCGACCCUCAUCAUUGACAAGGAGACUCACGUGACGGAGACAGACACAAAGAAGGCACCCAGCCACCUCAAUGCAAAGACACCGACACCAGUUCCCAGGACAAAAGUUGGAAAAAAAGAUGUACCAGAAAACGUACCGGGACCUUUGAGAAAAUCCACCUCUAACACUUCAAAGCCAAGAUCAAGGAGGAAGAAGGUGAAGAAAGGGAAGAGUGACAGCAUGCCUGACGUUGUCCUUCAGCCCAGCCUAUCUGCACGGUCGCCUCAUGUGAUACCUCGCUCCUUUCCAAUAGUGUUGCCGCUAAGCUCUGAACUCAGAAGCCAGAGUCCAGAGGCGAUGGACACAACUCUGAUAACUCUGGCUCGCCGAGUCACCCCAGACCCUGCCUCGCGUCCCAGCCAGCUUGAUGUCAGCCCCUCUGGUAGCAUGGAGGCCCUCAGUAGUUCCCAAGAAGAAGAGAGGCCAAUAUCUCCCUUCUACAUGAGUAACCACCUCUCCCCUGUCCACUGCAGACCAGAUGUGGUGAAUUUUCUGGACAAGACCAUACGAUCAGCAGUAGAGCAGCACCUCUUUGACGUGGCCCCUGUGAGGGAUCAAAGUUCAAAGGAGUGUGAAUUAACAUCUCCAAAGGUGACGCCAACUGCGCGACAGAGACGGCGACACCAGAGAGAGCAGCAGGAGGAAGGACUCAGACAACGAGAGAGGAACGGAGCUGCGUCCAUCAAGGCAGACACCAACAAAGAGAACAUCCCGUCGAGCUGUAGUAGCAGCUCGGGCAGCGUGGGGAAGGACGCAGGCAGCGGCAGCAGCAGCGUGGACUCGCAGGGUGACCAGGCCGCUCGCACUGAGCGAACCCCCAAACCCAGGAAGUCACACAGUCCCACGCUGCUGCUGCUCAAAGACCAUCGGGAUGCACACACAGUAAAGGAGCGCGUUGAUGAGAGACCUGGACCAAAGCACAUGGAUACAUCUCAGACUGGGUAUGGCAUUUCAAGAAAAGAUGGUCUUCCUUCUUCUCCACAGACGUUAAGGAUGAAGAUCCAGGAGACGCCUGUCUCUUGUGACACAGGGAGGGUCAGCAGCGGAGAGGUGCGGGACUCGGACUGCGAGAGGACGAGUCGCGAGGAUGUCCCCCGGCUGGACCUGACAGCACUGACCGAGGACGACAACUGGGGAGAGUCUUCAUUCUUUAACGUCCCUUUCCUCGAUUUCAAAAGCAUUUUCCAUCAAAGUUGUUGUGAUGAACCCGUCCCAGCGUACUCAUCAAUGCAAAGGGAGAGCAUGGACCGUGAGGAAGCUCGAUCCUCCCCUCACGCGGGGGGGCGACUGAUCCGCCAGCUGCUGGAGGAAAACAGCGACCCCAUGCUGUCCCCUCGCUUCUACACGUACGGACACAGCCAGCAGUACCUGGACGACACUGAGGUGCCUCCCUCACCGCCCAACGCACACUCGUUUGUCAGUCGCAGACGGAGUUCAUCGCUCGGCUCCUGUGACGACGAGAAAGAGGAGAUGACAGUGGCUCAGCUCACAAAGAGGGUUCACAUCCUGAAGAAGAAGAUCCACAGAUUUGAGGAGAAGUUUGAAGAUGAGCGAAAGUACAGGCCCUCCCACAGUGACAAAGCUGCAAACCCUGAAGUGCUGAGGUGGCAAACUGAACUGGCUAAAGUUCGCAGAGAGCUCAAAGAGAGCAAGUUGAUGAAGUCUGAGGAGGACCUGCCGCCCAUGACCCGUCAACGCAGCAACACUUUGCCCAAAAGCUUCGGCUCUCAGCUGGAGAAGAAGCCGCAGCAGGAGAAAGUGCCGAAGCCGCCGGUGGAGAGCACGCUGGAGACGAUUCUAAAGAAGCUGCAGGAGAAGAGGGAGGAGGUGAACCGCCCCGAGGACAUCAAGGAUAUGACCCGGGAGCAGAUCGGUGCAGAGAAAGUCGCCCUGCAGAAAGCGCUCCUCCACUACGAGAGCAUACAUGGACGACCAGUCACCAAAAGUGAGAGGCAAAUCAUGAAGCCGCUCUAUGACAGAUAUCGCCUGGUCAAGCAGAUCCUGUGCAGAGCCUCCACCAUCCCUGUCAUUGGCUCCCCCUCCAGCAAGCGCAGAGGGCUGCUGCUUCAGCCCAUUAUCGAGGGCGAAACCGCGCUCUUCUUCGAUGACAUCAAGGAGGAGGAGGACGGCUCCGAGGACGACGGGGACUCGAGGACUCAGUUCGCCGUGACCGUGCAGCCCGACGUCAGCACGCUGGGCUUCCUCGACCACAUGGAGGAGGAGGCGGACGGCUUCAUCUCUCCAGUGGACGAGCUCUCGCCGUCUCAGAACACAACGGACAUGAGGCUGUCCAACCUUCACUCCGCCACCAUGCCGGAGCUGGUGGAGCAGCUCCAGGAGACCAGAGAGGAGAAGAAGAGGAUCCGCAAAAACCUGAAAGAGUUCGAGGACCAGUUCUUCAGACAGAACGGAAGAAAUGUGCAGAAGGAGGACCGCUCCCCGUUGGCAGUGGAGUACAACGAAUACAAGCACGUCAAAGCCAAACUGCGGCUGCUGGAAGUCCUCAUCAGCAAAAGAGAGUCGUUCAAGCUCAUCUGAGGAAAAAAUAAAAAAUAAAAAAAAAUGACGGACCGUUGCUAAGUCUCACACACACACACACAGACACACACACACACACAUCUCACCGCUGCAGGAGGUUUUCCUUCUCUGCCGCCAUCUGCGCUGCUCGUGUCUCUGGACGCAGCCUGUUAGUCCGUUCUGUCGAGCACAGCUGGCUUCUUCCUCCUGACGCACGCAAACUGAUCCAGAGCCGCCCAGACGUCGCCUGCUUCACCUGAGAACUUCUUUCACCUUCACCAGAGACUUCAGCAGCACAUACACAUACACACACACUCACACAGACACACGUCACCUGAGUCAGACCUGUACUGCUAAUAAUUUAUUUCUAUUCUUUUGAAUAUUUUUAUCUGAACAGAAGUAAUUUUCCGCGCGCUUUACUGUAGAAGUCUUAAGAUAAAUAACUUGUAAGUCAAAUUAAAUAGAAAAUUCCUACUAUUUUUAAAAGAAGGAUUUUUGCGAUCAAGAGUUGUGUAUUAUUUUUGUAAGGGAGACAUUACUAUAUACUUGUAUAAACUUCAUUCGGCUGACCAGUUUGCUCUGAGCCGAUCGCUUCCUUAAUUUCCGUUCAGACUGUUAUAUGAUGAUGUCUGAAAUAAUCUACUGUUGCUUCUCUGGAAGUUAAAUUGAGUCUUUGCUCACUAAAAUACGUGGUUUCUAAUUUCCCCACGACCCAAAGACACUCAGAGAACAAACUGAACCAAACUGGUUCAUUAUAUUCGAUAAAAAUUGUAUUUUUCUUGGUCAUUGGUACAGAACUAAAGAUUUGACUGUAUAUUUAUCUAUUGACAAGCUAUUUCCGCCCAUUUCCUUUGUGUCAAAUAAGCUAUUAUGUCUUCUUGAAUCACUAGUAUGUUUGAGCUCCGAACUGAGGCUGUUCUGAGACGAGGACAGAGGUGGUCGCUCCUGCGUCUCCUCCUCGUCCUCUCCAGAGCUCCUUCUCUUCUUCUGUAAAUACUGAUCACUGUAUAUGUUUACAUUUCUGUGAGCGAGUACUUAUUUCUUUUCUUUCUCCAAAAUGGAUGAUUAUCGGUGUGAAUUUGGUUUUUGCUGAAUUCAAACACUGGCAAGGCUUAAUGAGUUUUGAGUGUGUACAUUUUAGUACAUAAAUUGUAUUUGUAUUUUGUACAUAUUAUGAAUGAAAUCAUAUUUUUACUGAA